AGCCUCGCGCACCCCCACCCCCCCUCGGACGACGACGACCCAACCUCAUCCUCAGGCUCCUCAUCCUCCGAAAGCGAAAGCGACAGCGAUAGUGACAGCGACCAAGAUGAUGAUAUUCAUCACGCAGACCACGGCGACCCCUCCUCCGCGCCCUCAAUACCGCAUAUCCCCGGCCGCCCGAAACCGCGAAUACGCCGUAUAAAGCAGGACUCGGGGCUUUUGUCGCGGCUCUCGACGUUUUUGCCUAAGAUGAAGGAUGCCAAUGAGAGUUUGCAGAGGGAGAUUGAGGCUGGGAGGGCGGGCGAUGUUGUGAUGGAUUCUGUGGGUAAGGAGGGAGAGACUGAGGAUGAGGAUGAGGAUGAGAACGAAAAUGAUGGGAAGCAGUAUAUUGAGAUGAAUUUGGGUCUCGGCGUCCUGGAAGAAAAGCGCGACAAUGAGGACGGGUCCUCUAGUGGCAAUGACGGUGGUGGUGCCGAUUCUACUCAAAAACCAGGAUCGAAACAAGAAGAGGGCAACCUAUCGAAAGCACAGAAUGACUCGGAUGUUCUGGGUAAGCUCAUGGGGGAUACACAGUCGGCUGCGGAUAAGCCGUCGAUCGAGGAGAUCGCGGAGUGA